AUGUCUUCAAUGAAACCUGCUUUAACCAUUUGUGGAAACCCUAAGCAAGAAGCCACUUUCUUUGGCAGGCCUGUGGUGAAAUCGCGACUCAAGAGACUCUUCGAGCGACAGUUUCCGAGUGUUUUGAAAAUUUCAUCGGUCGACAAGCUCGUAGUUGGUGAACCUCAGUACAACAAAGAUGGUAGUAACGAUUGGGAGCCGAGUUCUGUGUGCUUGGCAAAAAUGAUACAAAAUUUCAUUGAAGAGAGUAAUGACAAGCAGCCAGCGUCAACUGCACCAUGUGGAAGGAAUCGCUGCAAUUGCUUCAAUGGCAACUGUACCGACAGCUCCGACGAUGAAUUCGACUUCUUCAAUGGCUUCGGCGAGUCGGUGGCGGCAGCCUCAUCUGGUGAGGCUUGCGAAGUUCUUAAGAGCCUGGUUCCUUGUACAAGCACUACGGAGGGGAAUCUGUUAGCCGAUACAGCAAAAAUUGUGGACAAGAACAAAAGCUCUAAGCACAAGGACGAGUGUAGAAAAUUCGUCACCGAAGGACUCAUAGCUCUUGGCUAUGACGCUUCAAUCUGCAAAUCACGUUGGGAGAAAUCUUAUUCGUACCCUGCAGGCACUUGGUCCUCUUAA